GACGUCAUUCCUGCCCUCUCUUUCUUUCUUUUUUUCUUUUAAGGCUGACCGCGUGUUCGUGGGGCACAGGCUCCCGCUGGCCAGUCUCGGUGCCGUGGUUACGAGGCGACCCCAGCUCUGCCACCUCAGGACUCUGCCCGGCCCCAGGAGAGGAACCAGGAGGCCUGUCAGCCCAUGAAACCCGAAAAGUCAUGUCCCUUGGCGCAGACCUGUUCGGGGACGUGGCCGUGCUCUUCUCCCGGGAGGAGUGGCAGCACCUGGCACCCGCCCAGAGGGCUCUGUACAGAGACGUGAUGCUGGAGACCUACGGAAACCUGGUCUCGCUUGGUGUCACCAUUUCCAAGCCGGAGGUGAUUUCCUUCCUGGAGCAGGGCAAGGAGCCCUGGGUGGUGGAGACUGCGGCUCUGGGGGGCCUGUGCGCGGCGUCGGCGCCCGGGUCUGACCGUGAGGUCUCCCCCACGCAGCAGCAUCAGGAGGCUCCGCUCCCCCAGUGGGAGCUCGUGGACAGCCUGGCGAGGUACAGCCUCGAGUGCUCCAGUUUCCUCGACGGCUGGGAAUGCAGAGGCUGGCUUGGCAGACCGUGGGGAUGUCCACGUGGACGCUUGUGUCCUGUGAUCCUCGGUCCUGAAGGAAUGGCCUCUCUCGAGCGGCCAGCGUCCCUUCCUUUUUAUCAGAAAGUUCGUGCUGAAGAAAAGCCCUAUGGAUACCCUGAAUAUAAACAAGGCUUCUGGCAGGAAGACUUCCUCAUAGGUCACCCAGGCGUUCACCCUAACGAGAAGCCCUAUAAGUGCAAGGAAUGCGGGAAGGCCUUCAAGUACGGCUCGCGGCUCAUUCAGCAUGAGAAUAUUCACUCUGGCAAGAAGCCCUAUGAAUGUCAGGAGUGUGGAAGGGCCUUCAAUUCUGGCUCCAACUUCAUUCAACACCAGAGAGUUCACACCGGGGAGAAGCCCUAUGAGUGUAAGGAUUGCGCAAAGGCCUUUAGUCGAAGUUCACAGUUGAUUGAACAUCAACGGAUUCACACGGGUGAGAAACCCUAUCAAUGUAAGGAAUGUGGCAAAGCCUUCAACAGGAUCUCACACCUUAAAGUGCACUACAGAAUCCACACAGGCGAAAAGCCCUACGCGUGCAAGGAGUGCGGGAAGACCUUCAGUCACAGGUCUCAGCUGAUUCAGCAUCAAACCGUUCACACCGGCAAGAAGCUCUACGAAUGCACGGACUGUGGCAAGGCCUUUAAUCAAGGCUCAACUCUAAUUCGGCAUCAGAGAAUUCACACGGGUGAGAAGCCCUACGAGUGUACGGCAUGUGGGAAGGCGUUCAGGGUGAGCUCACAACUUAAGCAGCACCAGAGGACUCACACCGGGGAGAAGCCAUACCAGUGCAAGGUGUGCGGUAGGGCGUUCAAGAGGGUCUCCCACCUCACCGUGCACUACAGGGUCCACACGGGCGAGAAGCCAUAUGGAUGUGAGGCGUGUGGGAAGGCCUUCAGCCACUGCUCACAGCUGGUGCAGCACCAGGCCGUCCAUGCCGCGGGGCAGCCCUGUGGACGCAAGGAGCCAGGGAGGACUUGGCGUCGCGAGUCAGCUGCCCUGCAGCCUCAGAGAAUGCAUGCGAGAGACACCCAAGCGAACAAGAUGAGUGUCGACAAACCUCCCAUCAAUGCUUACCCCUUCAUCAUCAUCAGGGAAUUUAUGUUAGCAGGCAGCCACGUGAGUGGAAGCAGUGGGGAAAGCCCAGUAGCGUAGCCCAUCAGUUCAGACCUUACCAUAGGGCACGCGUCUUGAAGACCGUGACGCCAGUGGGGAUGCUCACAUCGGAGCUAGUCUGUGUGUCCUGAGUCAAGUUUGCAUUGAAUGUUAUAUGAAUCUAAACUGUUCAGAGCAUGAUUGUGAAAGAAGCAAGGAAAGGUUGGGAAAAUUUUUAUAUUCCAGAUUCCAGAUUCCUAUUUUCAACCACAGUGUAGUAAUUUUAUCUUUCUUGGAAGUUCCAAUGGGGUUAAAAAAACAGCCAAAUUCUCUUGGGAUAAUGAGGAAAUAAUUCAUGCAAUUACCAUGAAAUGUAACGGAAAGAAUGACGAUGAGAGUUCUUUGAAUGCUGUGGGGGGCAGCUAAAGCUGCUCAGGAAUUUUUAGAACCUUUAAAUGCAAAACACUCAAAAUACUCAAGUAUACUACUAUUCAGAAAGCCUGAACAGAGAAUACCAAACACCCAGAUAGAUAAAGAACAAAUGAACCAGAAAAUGAUUAAAAAGUGGUUAUCAAUCUCAGAUUUUAUUUCUUCUUGAUCCAAGAGUAAGCCAAAUUUAGGGGAGUCUUAAUCUCCAGUUUGUUUUGGAUUAUAGCAGCCAUAAGCCCACACCCACUUCCUGCUGGCAGCAUCUGUGUCUGGCCUUAGAAUCCAAAGAGGUCAGAUAUUAAUUUUUCAGCCUCCUCCAGAGAUCAGGAUGGCCUAUAUUUCCCACCGUAUAGCCAUAUCCAGGGAUCUUCAGGGGCUUUUGGGAAAGGUUUCCUCAUCCAUAAAAGAUAUUAGGAAGAGUCCUUCCUCUCAUUUCCUGCUCUGAAACAUUUUUCCUGUGAGGACAUGAUGCUUGGAGCUGCUUCAGCCAUCUUGAAGCCAAAAGGAAAAUAGAGGAACUCAGAGAAGCUGACCCAGAGACGUGACAACACUAAGCUACAAGGCGAAUUCUGGAAUCAUCUCUAAUGCCUUGUUAGUAAGAGAAGCAAAUCUUAACUGCUCAGGUUCUAUUUAGUUGGAUAUGUGGUAAACUUGCAGCCAAAAGCAUCCUAAAUGAUAAAAACAUCAAGAUUUAUUUUACUAUGAUUGGUUAAUGUCUAAAAAUGCCUCCAUUUUUGAAUUUGACAUUUUUUGUGGCUAUGCACAAGAUUUAUUUUUGUAUAUGUUCCGUGAUAAUUGAAAAAGAAUAGGAUAAAGAGUCUGUUUAAGCCAAUGGAGUAUAAUAAAAUUCUCCAUGUUCUUAUAUAACUUGGUAUACUAGAUUGGGAAAGCCAGUUUUUUAAAAACAAGGUCUUGAAUUUCCAGAAAUUUUUACUGAUCAUGUUGACUUAUAACGACAUAUAACUUAACCUCUUUAUGAAUUGUACCUUUUAUCAUUACAUAAUAGCCUACUCUGCCUAGUGUAGGGGUGCACAAGUGAAGUCUGGCCUGCUGCCUGUUUAUAAAUAAAGUUUUAUUGGAACAGAGCCAUGGUGAGUUUUUUAAAUACAGUGUCUAUGUCUGCUCUUGCACUAAGUGCAAGCGCUGUAUGGCUGCAGAGCCUGUAUGGCCCUUUAGCCAAAAAGUUUGCCAUCCCUGACCUAGUUUGAUCCUUUUGACCUAGUUUGAUGUCGUGAAAUUUGAGUGGUAAUGCUUGAUAUGUUGUUGCCCGGCCAUUUAUUCUCAACCCUUCCCUUUUAGUUUUUAUAAAAGACAACUAGUUGUGGGCCUCCCU